AUGGAUCCUUCCUGUGAUCCCUUCUCACCCUCGCCUGCCCCGAGAGCCCCCGGCGGCCAGCAACCCACCUACACCACCGUCGGCUCCGUCUACAAACCCCAGAGCGCUACCCCAUUGCAGCCUCCGACUCGUCGAGCCAGGAGGGGACGUUGGCAGCCGCCACCUUCUGCCCAUGAGUUUGGCCUACUCCAACCCGGCUCUGUUGUCGAGAACCUCGCUUUUCGAGCCACUUUCUCAUCCCCACCGCCGACCUCGACCCCCGGAAGCGUCUUGGCUCGAUACUCACCUCUGCGCCAGAACUACGAUCGCGCAGUCAACCCAGAGACAUCGGACCAAAGCUCUGAAGAUCCCUUCGAAAUCAGGGUGGCCCUCCCUCCAUUCAAGCCACUAACCAAGCCAAUGCCAUCUGGCCCGUCCCUUCACCCAUCAGCCAUGGUUCAGGAGGCCACUGAUGCUCCAGAGAAUGACAAUGGAGAUACAGAGAGCUCGAGUCCCGCCGCGGCUGCCAUCCACAAGAAUCUGGCGACAAUGUUCAAUGCCAAGACAUUGACGAACCUCGCGUCAUACCCAAAUCCCAUGCAGAUCGUGGCCCAAAAGACUUUGGCAAGAGCAAGGACCGCAAAUCUUGAUACCUUGAACGCACCACGGACUGUGGAUCCCAGUUCUCCGACACCACACCAGUCUUUGUAUGCUGCGUCAGAUGUCAAGAGUCUGGGUCUCGAUAAGCCGCUUCCGACGCCCACACUCCGGCCGUUCCAGUCCGAUCCUAGUGGCUUUCCUGGCAUCGCGGGCGUCCCUGAGGACUCCUUUCAGACCGAGGUGGAUAAGGAGAAGCUCACUCGAGAUAGAGGGGUACCUCAGCCACUGGCUGCUGGACCUCCCGGCCGGCGACAAUACAAGGCCUCAACCUUCGCAACAACGGUCAAGGCACUUCAAGAGAGCGCCAACAAUGUGAAGAGUGAGUGGGUUGAUGAACCAGCCCAACCAAGAUCUUUCGGGCCUGUCGGUCAAGGCAGGCCAUCCCCCCCAUCCACUACAGCCGGCAGAUCGGGAAGCUCCGAGUCGGCCUCGGAUCUGAGUGUCUACGAGCCUAAGAGAGUCGCCCUUGCCUCGCUAGCAUGUCCGCCAUUGUUCGACGAGGGUGUGAUGUGGAGGCGGAAGCGGAUGGUCGAGACACUGCCACGAGAGGAGCGCGCCCGGUACUACAAGCCCCUUCCGGCUGACUCUGUUGAUGCCUACAUACACACCUCGGAGGAUUGGACCGACAAUUACCCCUUGUCCCGGCCUGGAUCUUGCCAGAAGUCACCAGAGGAGCUUGCCGCCUACAACACCAGGCUGAACUGUGCCUUUUAUUCUGGAACACAGGAGUAUGGCAAGUCGACGUCCCGCAUCAUCGCCGAUGCCGAGGUCCGCAUCUACAACCAGACUGCCGGCAAGCUCGACCUGGAGGAGCGCCUACGUCGACUCCGCCGUGCCUCGGAGCUCUUUGGUCUGAGCCACUCCGCCAACACUACCACCACCGCCACCACCAGCCGUACCUCGGACGCUGCACCUGUAUCUCUCGAGGACGGCCAGGUCUCGAGCGCGGCUGAGACUGCCGAGCCGCUGCUCAACAGGCUCUUUGCGACGCUGUUCCAGCUUGUCGAGGAGAAGGGAGCCAUGAUGGGCGCCGCAGGGUAUCAGGAGCCUCCGGCCUGGCUGGUGGAUACGACCAAGGGCGGGCAAAAGAGCUUCUUUGGCGAUGCUGUUGUCGCUAAGGCCGGGCAGAGGAAGAAGAAGCCGGCCAGGCAGGUUCUCAACCUCGUCUGGUAG